AGAUUAGGAACCGGCUGCUUGGCGUCUCCGCGGUGCCGGUUGCUCAGUCUGGCCGCGCGAGAAGGGCGGAACUGCCGCCGCUCUUACGAAUGCGCUGCUGAGGCGGACGGAGCCACCGCUAUGUCGCUGCCGGGCUCCCCGAGCUCUCCGGCCCCGCGCUGGGCCCCGACGCACGUCCAAGUGACGGUCCUCCAGGCGCGGGGGCUGCGCUCCAAAGCCAAAGGCGGCGGCGGCGGCGGGGGCAGCGAUGCCUACGCCGUCAUGGCGCUGGGCAAGGAGAAGUUCGCCACCUCGGUGGCCGAGCGCUGCCUCGGCUCGCCCGUGUGGCGGGAGGAAGCCACCUUCGAGCUGCCCUCGGUGCCCCGACGAGGCCUGGGCGUGGCCGGCGGGCCUGGGCCGAACGCCGUGCUGCAGCUGAGCGUCCUCCACCGCGCGCUGCUCGGCCUCGACAAGUUCUUGGGCCGCGCCGAGAUCAGCCUGGGCGAGCUGCAGAGCGAAGGCGGCCGCCGCACCACCCGAUGGUACAAGCUUCACUCCAAACCAGGGAAGAAGGAAAAAGAACGGGGCGAGAUUGAGGUGGAUAUUCAGUUCAUGAGGAGCAACAUGACAGCCAGUAUGUUUGAUCUGUCCAUGAAGGAUAAGCCUCGGACUCCCUUUAGCAAACUGAAAAACAAAUUAAAAGGGAAAAGGGGCAAUGGAUUGUCAGACACGGCUUCAGCAAUUAUUCCUAGCAUUACUCACUCACCAGCUGACAGUGAAGAAGAAUCAAAUGACAAGGAGAAGAAAAAAUCAAAGUUCAAGACACUGUUCUCUAAACCUGGUUUGCAUAAAAGCAAUAUUUCCCAGUCCAUGUCUGUGCUACCCACACUCCAGCCUGUUUCAGAAAGAGUUCGACUUCGACCCAGUGACUUUCAGUCACAGUGGAGUGAUGAUGAAGAUGAUGACACUUUGACAACAGUCUCUGAGAAGCCCUCUGCAAACAGAACCAGCAAUAACGUACUUGGUCCCCCUUCUGUCAUGACCCACAAGAGAACUGGUAGUGGAGACUCCAAGCAAUUAAACCAAAUAAUUGCUGGCAGUGCCAAGAAGGAUAUGCAUUCUUUAUUUGGCCUCAGAUCCAAAAAUGACCCAGUUUCGAGGUCCAAUCUGUGUAUCAAUGGUAGCCAUGUUUACAUGGAACAAAAUGAAUCUAAGAGUGACCUUGUUUCAAAAGAAGGUACUCCAUCUUCUCCUCAGACAUCCCAGCGAAAACGUCUCUUUUUGUCGCAGGAAAACCUGUCUUUUGAACGCGACAAGGAGCUUGAAAACUCGGCAAGGUUGCCCCUUGAUAAAUUGCCAUCUGGGUCGUUGGAAUCCUUUAAAGCCAUGACUCUGCCAUCGUAUAAAUUGCUUGCUGGUGGAGAUUUAGUAGAAAAUAACACUCCAUUUGUUUCAGACACUCCAAAAGAAACCAAGGAGAUCAAAAAACAGGAGAACAAGAAGUCUGGCUUGCUGUCUCUUGUGACAGGGAAAAAAGAAACAAAAACCAGUGAGGAGAUGGGGAACACUGAAAGUUCUCUGAAGGCAAAGGAAGUGAAGCGUAAUGAAAAAGAAUCGGCCAGAAAAGAGACAAACCCUUUUGAGCUCCCUGUGGAUGGCAAAAGGGGCCAUGGCCCACCUAAGAGUAAUGUCAUAGAUGUUGUCGUUGCAAAGACAUCAACAAACCCUUUCAGUGAAAACAUUGUGGAAGGAGAGAAACCAGAAAAGAAUGCCGCUUCUGUGAAACCUUCUCAGACGAAACCUGUCAAACCCAGACUGGGCGUGUCUUCAGAGGAUGAAACCAAAGCCACCUCUUUUCCUCCUGUUCCUGUUCCUCUUCCUCCUACUUGCUAUCCUUCAGAUAAUGAAAAUAAUCCUUUUACUUCUAAAUUUGAUGCAGAACAGAAAACUCGGGAAGUCGGUAGGUUUGAUAGCUCAAAGAAUAUUUCUGUUAAUAAUCCGUUCACUACAAAAUGGAUGCAGGAUUCUAGAGACCUGGAAUGCUCUGCCGUUUCUACCUGCCUUCCUUCAACUUCUGGCCACGAAAAUAAUCCCUUCACUCCUAAAUGCGGACAAGAAUCUCAGGAGAUGGAAACCUCUUCCUUAUAUUCUCUACAAUCUACAGCUUCCAUUACUGAAACUCAUACUAUUCCUUCUCAGCUUUCUAACAUUAAUGAUCCCUCUGUAAUCAAAGUAGGACAGGAAUCUGAAAGAAUUAGAAGUCCUCCCACAUCUAUAAAUUCUGUUUCUUUAACCGGAAACAUAGAUAAUUCCAAGUACACUGAUGAAAACUUAACUAAUCAAACAGAUACUAUAUCAAACUUCUCUGGCUCUCUAUCUGAGAGUCUUCCACCACAGUCUUCUGACCUAGUUAGAGUGAACCAAAAAUCCUCAUAUGACAAAGUGCAUAUAGUACAGCCUUUUAAAGAAAAGAAUGGGAUGAAAAAGUCGGUAGCCUUUGCACUCGAUGAAUCGAAAGAGGAUGUAAUAAGUAAUCAUAAUGACCGUGCAGAUGAAGAUUCAUUUGAGGUAAAUAAAAAUAAAGAAGCACUAAAUUCAUUUGAAAAGAAUAGCCUCCAAGUAAUUGAAUUAAACAUAGAAAAUAGCUGUAGCUCUAAGCCUGAUGAAGACAACAUAAUUUCUGUUCAUACUAGUGGGAACCCCUUAGAGAAGGAAGUUGAAUCUGGCUUAUCUAAAAAGGAGCCACUGGAACCAAUUGCAAGAGUCCUCAUUCCUCUGCAAAGCAAAAUGUCAGUUCCUGAACCGAGUGACAAAACACACACUGUGCCACCAAAACCAGCACCAAGAAAUGGUUUGAAAGUGAAAAAAUGUGUACCUCUAACUGAUGAACCAAAAGGAGAAGAUGUAUCAAGCCAUGCAUCUGUUCUCAAAAAGGUUUCUUCAGACAGUUCAACCUUUAGUGAAAAGCCAAGCCAUAUUUGCUCACUAACUUCAGAAAUGGCUGUCCUUCCUCAUAGAUAUGAUAAUGGUAAUACAGAUCCAUCUCAAAGUAUUAAGGAUGACUCUAACCACAUAAUGAGAACAUCACUUGGGAUUUCAGGUCCUGGAGAGAUGAAUGUAAAGCCCAUUACUCUUCCUGUUAUUCCAGAAGUAGCUUCAGAUGAUGAGCAAUUAGGUGAUUAUCAGCAGAAUCCUGAAAGUAUGACAUUAAGUGAAGAUUUGUCAAGAAAUGAAGAUGGCUUUAUGAACUUGUGGGCUUCUGCUGAGAGGACAGAUCUGACAUCAACUAAGAAAGCUAUUGGAGAGACUGUAUCAGGUCUCAUGCAAAUGAGUAAUUUUGGCAAUUCAGCCAACAUAUUGUUCAAGGAACCAACCAACAAUGUACAUAAAAACCCAAAUCAUAACCUAACAGGCAUAGAAAAGGAGUGUGGAGAACAUUCUAACAAAGAUAGGCAGGAUGAUUGUCCCGAGUCUUCUGCUAAGCCUGUUUCUCUUUACCCUCUGUCUGAUUCUUCUCAGUCUUGCUCUGUUAGUUCUUUCCAGUCUGAUUCUCACGGCUUUAAUAAAGCAGAAUCUCCAAAAAAAGCUACAGCAGAAGAAUUGGAUGCCAAAGUGGAAAGCUCUGGCAGGAAGAAGCUGCUUCAGGCAUGGGUUUCACCCUCUGAAACACAUCUUAAUCCUGGUGGAAAUUCUGCCAGACUCAGACUUCAUCCUGUGAAGCCAAUGAAUGCUACAACUAACCAACCAUCUGCAAAAACCUUGAGCAUAAAUACUAAGAUGCUGGAUAAUCAAACUGAAAUCAAUAUGAAGAAAUAUGACCGUUCAGAUCCUGCCUAUGCUUAUGCUCAGUUAACUCAUGAUGAACUGAUCCAAUUGGUCUUGAAACAAAAAGAUAUUCUUGCCAAGCGAGAUGUCCAGGUACGAGAACUGGAAGACUAUAUAGAUAACUUACUUGUUAGAGUCAUGGAAGCAACCCCCAACAUUCUUCGAAUUGAAGUCCACCCCAAAAAGAAAGCUGGAAAGAUGUAAAAUGACACCUCAACCUGUAUGAAGACCUUUCUUAGUCAAACUUAAGGAGUAGAGAAUGUGAAAUGAAAUAACUGUUGCUUUAUCAAAACAAAGGUUAUUUAUUUCUGUGGGUAAAAUUGGUUUUCUUGUCUUAGAGACUGGCUAGCUAUAAACCAAAAUGACAAUCUCUUUAGAUACUCUUCUAAUACAAAGCACAUAUUUUGCUUCUCUGUUUAUGAUUAAAAGUAUGAGCUUAUGAAACUUCAAGAGAGCUAUGUGAAUCAGCUUUCUACUGUGAAUAAUACUGUACUUGGAGCAUUUAUACAGAAUUUUAUGUAAAGCUGAAAAACAUUUGCCAGACUUUUCAAAUUUCUAUGGGUAAUCCUAAAUUUUUGUGCAAUAUAUACAAUCUUAUCCUAAGCAAUCUCAUGCUAAUUCACUGAAAACACUGGAAUAUCAUCAAGUCCCUCAUUUUAAUUAGCUGGAAAAUGAAAAUAUUACUGGAAAACUGGAUGCCUUUGAAAUCGUGACUUUCACAGGUUCUUAUCAGUUGGGGCUUAUGCUGUGGAUGUUUACAGUGGAUUGUGUACUGAGCUACUUGCAUUAUUCAUUUGGGAACCAUAGGUAAAAAAAUUACAUAGUAACAGCUAGUGAACAAACAUUGCUUGCUUGUGUUUUCUACAUUGAAAUAGCAAGUGAAUAUGCAAAACUUCAGUUCAGCACUGAGUUUUAUAAUCUCUAAUUAUGACUGGUUUGGGGUCCGUUGUAUUUGAUUUGGACUGGAACAAACUGGCUAAGAGCACUAGAGCUAUUGCUCAGUUGUACGUGAUGAUUUCUAAAUAGAGAUUAAAGCAGGGAUAAGUAACCUUGGGUUUUAAAAAACAAAACUCCAGAAGAAGUACUAGGUUGUUAUUCCUCUAUGACUUUAGAAAUGUGGAUAUAACUGGAAUGUUCCCAGACUUUUAACAGUUUGAAAGUACAUAUUCACAUGAUUCUUAAUUGGCCAUGAAUAUUGACUGAGCUUGCUUUUUAGUCACCUCUUCUUUGUUCAGAAAUUGAUUUUUCUUCCUUCCCUUUUACUCAAUAAAGUUGCCAGAAUGUCUACCUAUUUGCAAAUACUCACACAAAAAUUCCUCUAACAAGUUUCUUUUCAGAAAAUCGUAAGAAAAUUGGUGUACUUAAGUCCUUUUAGAAUAACAAUCUACUUAGGCUAGUACAAUUACUUUUGUCAGGAAGGUCAGAUAGUUUUGGGGUUCCAGAAGUCUCUUUCUUGAGUUCUUCCAGAUUCUGUAUUUUUCAGAGAUAUAAUUGCUUGUGAUGAUUAUUAUGGGUGAAAAUAAUAGAUAAAAUUGUAGACUUUCAGAAUCCGUAACCGAUGAGCAAGCAGUUAGAAAUCUUUUAGGUAAUUUUUGUUAAGGUGAAGAAAAGGCAUUCUUUCUCAUAAGAUGCCAUGGCAAACGUAUCUGCAAUUCUUGAAUACUUUCCCCCCUUUUCUAUGCAGUGAAACUUUGGGUUAAAUUUUGCUCCUUUUCAGGAAUUGCUGAGCAUAGUCUCCAUGUAUAAACUCUUGUAAUUCCAAGCAUUUAUUUGCUAAGUACAGAGCUGUAUAUGCAAUAUUGUCAAGUUUUCCUUUCUUCUUAAGAAUAUCGUAUGUUUGAAAUGAACAAACCUGAAUAUCUGAUAAGUUGCUCAAAUCUGAGCAUAUUCAUUGAUACUUAAAUUCCAUUUUAUUUGAUCAAGAAAACUAAACAGGGUAGUAUUGAUGUGAGAGAAUCUGAUGAAGAGAGUCAACAGCAGCAAUUUUUUACAUUGAAGCAUUUAUUUUGGAAAUCUGGAAGCUUUGUUUGGGCUGUGUUUCUGAUAUAAAGGUUUUGAAUUGUCAGGCUUUUCCACAGUUAACUUCUCUUUCCCAAGAGGUAGAGAAAUGUAGCCUGAUCUAUUUGUUGCAGUAAUUAAUGGAAUACAUACGAGAUCUACAUUAUCUUUCCAUAAUAAAUAGCCUAUAUUGUUUCUGAUAAAGACUAAGGGGAAACAUUCACAUUUUAAACAGACAGUUCAUGCAAGGUUUAAAAUAGAUAAAACUUCCUUUUUCCUGUGAAAAUAAUAGUAUGUGAUAAAUUGGGAAGAAUAAAUAUAGAACUUUUAAAUCUUGCAAACUUUUAAAAUGGAAAGUUAAAGAGGUUUUUAAUUCUAAAGCAGGACAAUGGAUACAUGGGUGAGAUGUGCCUUGAAAGAAAGAAUACAUACUCCAGAUCUAGUAAUAUUUUAUUCUGGAUGUAGUGGGAAAACCACAUUUUCUAUGCGUAUUUUAAAACUUACUCUGAACUGGGCAUCUUCCUUUUUAUGAUUUACAACAAAUCCAUUGUGUUAGAGAUUAUUUAAUCUAUCUUUAAAUUCUGUUUUAGAAGGUAGAAACUGUAGAGAUUAGCAAGGUACUUUGCAGAAUUACACAAAUCUAUGCAUGUUUGUUCUAGCCACUCAAAUCUACUACUGAUUCAAAAUUGUUAGCAAUCACAGCUAGCUGAUUAAAUGCAGGUACCUGCAGCAAUCCAAAUAUUGUUUAGAGACAUUGAAGAAUUAACUUAAUCAUUUGCUAUAGCUGUUCAUUAUCUUCCUAUGCACUUUAAUGAAAGAUCUGUUUGGCACUGAACAGUUCUUCAGUCCUCUUAUUAUACUUAGUCACCACACUGGAUUAUAAUAUAAGUUUGUCAGCUACAUUUACUAACCAGUGUACUCUAUAAUUUGGCAAUCACCAAAGAGCAAAAUAGCUUAAGUGGCUACGGUACUCAUGUUUUGAGAAGUAGUAGUUUAUAUGACUUGUCAAUGCAUUCAUAACCUAAUUACAUAUUUUAAGGUUUGGUAUGAAAUGAGUAAUAUAUUUGAAUGUCAGAUUCUAAGAGAGGUGUAGAUCAUACUCUGUUGUUGCCAUAAACUGAGUGUGAAAUUUAUUGAAUAGAUAUGUCUGCCUCUUCCUAUGCAGUAUAGUUCUAAUUCUGAGGAACUAUAAAAAGUUUCUUUUUGCCUCAUUUGUUUGGUAGAGUUAGAAGAAGCAUUUUGGAUUUUUCCACAGAAAAAAACAGUGUUCUGGCAUAUUGAAGGCAGUAUGAUAUUGUGAAAUUGCUGGUACUGAAAUGUGUAACAAUACAUAUUUUAUACGUAGAAGAAAAAAAUUUGGAGGGUGUUUUAAAGUCUGGCUAUUUCCCUCUGCUGGUUGUAGCAUAAUGCAAUAUGCUUUUAUGAAAAGGCAUGCAGGAAUUUGUAUUGUGGGUCUGAUUCCAGAAUAUCAAAUAGCUGCUUUAACACCAUGUUCCCUAGGAAUAAAUUUCUGAAAUAAACUGGAAUUAUAUUCUAAACAUGCCUGCUAAUAAAAUGGCAGGUAUCAAAGCAAACAAAAAAGAAACAAAACAAAAUUUUGAGUAGAUUGAGAAAAUCCAAAUUUAGAAUCCUUAAACAGUGAAUUUUAAUAUAAGUUCUAGUAAGAUAGCAUAGUUAUUGGUCAUUGUUGUUGAAAAUUAUGGGAAUUGCAAUCUCAGAAGCGUGCUAAAUUUUCCAACUUGAAACAGGCUGUCUGCAGUUCCAAUAAUUGGAAAGGUCCAUUUUGUGUUUAGAAUGUUCCAUAAUAACCUUUUGUACAAGGUUGAUCUCAACACACACAAAGAACACUAAAUUGGGAUAGUUUUAAGUCAUAAAUGUAUGUAUUUAAUGGGGCAGUUUCACAUAUUGUGUAACAUACAAUGAAGGAGUUACAUCUGGGCCCAGUUGUUGCCAACUUUGUCUUCUCGCCUUAUAUAUCACUCAAUAUAUAAUGUAGAAAUAACAGUGCCUUAAAAUCAGUAUUUUACUGAACGAUUUAAACAUAAUCAGUUCAUGUAAAUUCUUAAGUUUUAAUAAAAUGGUUAUGCAAUGAAUAGUUUGUGUCCCUCUGUAUAUUUAACAUAGAAGGAUUUAAAUGUAUGUUUAUGCUUUGUUACAAUUGGUACAUUGCCUGAUGGUUUUUAUACAAAAACCUUCAGCCUUACGAAACGUUAAAAUAAAGUUAUUUAAAGUUAAACAAAUGUGUGUCCUUCAUUAUA